AUGCGGAUGCGCUGUUUCAUCUGUACCGUGUGCAGCCCCGGCAUGUGCUCGACAUGCAGGUGCUGUGCCAUAAGGCGACCGGCGGAAGCAGCCGGAUUUUUGCAAGGGUUUGCGAAAGCUGCCGGGAAGGUUCUGCCAUAUUCCCAGCGGCAGAUCAUGAAAGGCAUCAAGGAGGCCGGACAGGCCCUCUUCGCGCCAGAGCGGGGUGGGAGCCUGGAGAUAUUCAAGAAGAGGCCCAUGACUCAGGUCCUGCAGAAAUACUGUGCGCAGGACGUCGUCCACCUCUUCCCGAUGUAUGAGGCAUGGUGCGCCUGCAUCCCCGAAAAGACGCUUCGCCUGGUGUCGGAGAUGCGCAUGCUCACGCGCAUCAGGAGCAAGGUGGUGGAGACGGGCCCUCAGCUGGCCCGGGUGGACUUCGAAUUCCCCGGCGAGUCCAAGAAGAGGACCUUGGAGGAGACGCUCUUGGUGCACUUCAACGAGCUGUACUUCGACGGCCACGACUCGCCAGACAGGGCGAAGCUGAUCUCAGCGGUGGCCCACUUCCGACUGGGCCCGCUGACCAAGCGAGUCAUUUUGCCGCGGGUGCAGCGGGCGCUGACGGGCUGGCAGUGCCCCAUCCUCUGGUUACUGUCCGAGCACGAGGCGAGGUCCGAAGACUGCGACGGCAGCCUGCUGCUGGACAGCCCCGAGUCCGUCUGGAUGGAGCGGGUGCUGGGCCGCCUGGUGGACGGGCGCGACGCCGAGGGGCCCCUGCUGGCCCCGGGCAUGCCGUCGGGGCCCAUGGCCUUUCAGCAGGCGCCCGUCGCCCUGGAGCUGGAGCCCCAUCGGCCCGCCGGUGCUGCGCCAAUGCUGACCAACGUCGGAGAGUUCGGCGACAUCAACAACUGGGGAUUUUGGGAGGCCGAUCGAAGUCUCCAGAGGCACGCCACAGGAGGCCGCGUCUUCAGCGGUUCUGGGAACUGGUCGCGCGCGCUGCGACGGGGCCUGGCCUCUUGCUUGUUGCCGCGAGUCUUCGAGCUGGGCGUCGAGCGCGAGCCCGCCUUGGGUGAUCUCUCCCGGCGGGGCGCGAUGCUGGGACAUCGUCUGGCGCAGUUCUCUUUCAGCUUUUUCUUAGAGCGCGCCCUUCGCGGGGCCCCGGCUGCCAUCGAGAACCCUGCUACUUCGUGA